GCUUUAUAUCUUGGAAAAAUCAGUGUGUGUGGCGGAGGACAUGGAACCGCCGGCAACCGCAACGAAACGCUCCUCCCGGCAGCUUAUAUUCGACCGCCGCUACGGCUGGGGGGUCGACGAAUGGAAGGAUCCGUCGGAGGAAGCUCUCGCCGGCGGCCGAGGGAUGUUUUGUAUUGUUCCCUUGGCGAAAACCGUCGUUCAGGCUGCUUCACAAUCAGCCAAUUCAGCUGUAAAAGUUAUGGAUAGCGCGUUCUUAUUCCCUCCUCAGGUGUUGAAGACCAAUGUGGGCAACGAGCUUCAGAAAUGGGCGGCGAGUGUUAUGCGAAGGCAGGGAACACAAAAUGAGUGAAGUGUGUUGGAUUGUGGCCUUGUGGGUUUAGCUCUUAUGUCGAUGUUGGCUUCCGCUAUCUUUCCUACAGACUUGGAUUGUUCCGCUUUGUCUGUAGCUUAAUCUUUUGCUAGUAAUAAGGGUGAAACUAUCUGUAGAACAAAUAUAUAAAUCGUUUUUCAUAAUUGAAGGGUAAAAUCUGACAAGGCAA